AUGCCCACUGACGCCGAGUCCAAAACUUCGAGUGAGUCCCACAGAACCCGGCCGGGGUUGUUGGCAAAGUGUGGUAUUGUCAUUCCCACCUUCUUUGUACGUGACAGACACGGCUCUCCAGAGGACCCAAACCGGCCAGUUAUGACUGUAGCUGACUCACCAAAGAAGAGAAAAAGGGCCCUCAGCCCGCAACCUACUAGGAAGAUACCACUACAUACAGGAGAGCCGAAGACACUCAAAAUGUCUUCCCCAAACUCUAAAGAAGCAAAAGCAUUAUUCGAUGGUACACUCAACAAGAAGGAAAAGGACACGAACAUGUACGACAAAAAGAGAAGAGCCCUUAUUGACGCUGAGAAAGACACUGCGUGGGACCUAGCUGUAAGACCCAGGGGCUCCUCCAGGUCUCAGGAUGCCAAAACAGAGGAAAGGGCUGCUACCAUCAUCAGAGCGAUUCGGGAAUAUGAGCGGGUUGUUACCUUCGGCAAUCGACCGUCAGAAGCCCUGCCAUUAGAAGAAGAUCGCGACAUGGGUGGUCAAUAUCUUACCAACAAGGACCGCAUAGACAACGAAAGCAAGCUGUACCAGAUCGCCAAGAUGGUUCCGAAGGGCGCUCUAUUACAUCUUCACUUUAACGCCGAAUUGCAUCCUGAGUUACUUCUUGUACGAGCGCGCAAGAUGGAGAACAUGUUUAUCCGCAGUAUCAUACCAAUCACAAAGGAGGAGCAUCUAGGACAAACGGAAAUGGUUUUCAGUGUUGUCGAUCCAAAGACCGUGAAUCCAGAUGUCAAUAUCUUCUCAGAGUCAUAUCCUACAUUAGAAGGAUCGUUGGGAGUUAAACACCCUGACUAUCUAAAGACUGUCUGGAUGCCAUGGUCGAAAUUCAAGGAAGAAUUUGGAAGAAAGUUCCCGGGCUUAUACGAAGAUCAAGAGCCAGAGACAUUCCAAGCAGGAACCCCACAUCAAUCACAUCACUGCGGAGAGCGAAGGCCUGCCAAACUAGAGCCCGCUGAGAACUGGCUUAGGUCGAAGAUGGUGCUCAGCCAUGACGAAGCCUAUGGACCUACGCAGACGGUCAAUGGAGUAUGGGCCCGGUUCAAUCAAGCUACCAGGGCUUUCAAGGGCUUACUAAACUAUGAGAGCGUCUACAAAGAAUACAUAAGUGAUGCCAUUGACCGCAUGAUUGAAGAGAAGGUCAUGUACGCUGAGCUUCGACCGAUGCUUCUGGACAAGGAAAUUCCUGCCGACAGCGGCAUUUGGGAAGAACGCAUCGAGAACGCUGGACAGAUGCAACUCAUUGUAAAUGGAGUGGAGAAGAAACUGCAAGAGCUUCGGAAGAAAGGAAACAUUGACAAGUUUCCCUUCGGACUCAAGAUCAUAUACUGUACGCCACGAUCAAUACCUCCGGCAUUGAUGCAGAAGGAGAUGAGGCAUUGCAUUGAUCUCAAGUUGCAGUUUCCGAACCUGAUCUGUGGUUUCGAUCUUGUAGGCGCCGAAGACCGGCCUAACCACAUUGGGUUUUAUAAGAAAGAGCUCGAUGCGUUCCGGGAAACAUGCGAGAAACUGGACCUAGACAUACCUUUCAUGUUCCAUGCCGGUGAGACGCUGCUUGACACUGGUGGCUCUUCCGAUCCAGAGAACUCCAACCUCUAUGACGCAGUGGUAUUGAAGUCGAAGCGCAUCGGCCACGGCUUCGCGCUCAUGAAACACCCCCAUCUCGUCGAGAAGUUCAAGAAGACGAAGACCAGCGACGGUAUAUGCAUUGAGCUUUGCCCCAUUUCGAACGAGCUUCUGCAUCUUUGCAGAAAUGUGAAAGAACACCCAUACCCAGAACUACUGGCUGCAGGUAUACCUUGUACGGUCAACUCGGACAACCCGUCACUCUUCAGCAACUCGAUGUCACAUGAAUUCUACCAGAUCAUGGUCGGCGAUCCUACCAUGUCGCUCUACAGCUGGAAGCAACUCGCAAAAUGGAGCCUUGACUACAGUUGCCUCUCCGUUACAGAGAAGAAAGAAGGACAUGAAAUUCUUAAUAAGAGCUGGAGAGAGUUCUGCCGGACUGUGGUUCGAGACUAUGGUCCUCUAAUGGAAGAUGAAUCUUCCGUCAACAUCGACCCCUACAGGGCCGAGGCAUCAUAUUCUAAACGCGAUAGGAUCCAUCCGAUUAUCGAGAAGGCGAUCGCAGACAAGAAGACUGAAGACAAGAAGAAUCCAAACAACAAGGAUUUAGACCUGGCCGAGAUAGGCAGAGAGAAAGCAAAGCAGUGGAACGAGUCUUUGGCCGAAGGCAACAUCCUGAAGCGAAAAUCUUCUUCACAUUGA